UUCUCAUCUCUUCAUUUUACUCUUAUACGCAAAAUUUUAUUACUUUUUAAACUAGAAAAUGAUCUCAGAGGGAUCGAGUCGUCGUUUUUUAUCACUAUUUUUCAUCCUAAAAUGUAGUUCGAAGAAACUGCUUAUUAGAAUUGUUAUUAUAGUACUGAAUAUGCCUUUUUGCUUUUCCUAGAUCAGCUUAAGUCGUGCUUUGAACAGCGCUAACAUCUGAUGCUGUAUGAAGUCUACGAGAACGAUUAAUACAGCACUCUUCCGAGAACGACGGUUCCUGUUUCGUUUAGAAAAUAACCUACAGAAAAUAUUUCUCACGCUUUUUAUAAACUUACAGAAACCUCGUCAGCGUACUUACGGAUCUUGUGGAUCCUUCGGUUGUAAUGUUCGUGAACCGCCCGAAAAGUUUCCGAUUUGUGUCUGUACCAAUCAAGAUCAACACGACAACACUCCGACAGUUGUCACGUAGACUGUUUUUUGGUUUACCAAAGUGGUGCUUCACUGACCGACAAGUAAGCAAUUGCGGGCUCGGGAGAUUUUCAGCCCUAAGCCAAGAAUAAGACUUGGUCUUUUUUAUAUUUUUUAUCGAUUUAGUUCUUGCACUUUCGUAACCGUUAAUUUCCAAACAACGAUCGAGUUUUGUAGAAACUGGAUUUUUCUGCGUUCAAGUUCGAUUUAUUGAAUUCAUUUGCGGGAAACGAUAUCACAAAGUAAGAAACUGCCAGAGGUCGUUGCUGCUAAAAUUUCCCACCCGAACAUGAGUUUUAAUGAGGAAUAAAAGGAAAAGAUUUUCGCGCCUGCCAAAAUAGUUAUAACAAAAGAACAUAUGUUUUCUUGCUUUCUAUAAAUGAAGUAAAUUGAACAUUUUUGAUUUAUUUGCAGCGGCUUAAAAACAAAAAGGUUUAUAUAGAAACACCCCAUGAGGUAUCUUUCAGCAAAAUUAAAUCGAACGUGACUUAACUUCAAAUUAGCUUUGGGAGGCCAACGACCUUCUUAAUGCAAAUUUAGAAUUUUAAUGGCUAGUUGGAUAAAAUGUUGCAUGUUUGGUUUUUUUUUUGGCGGGCAAGAUAAAUAUUAAUCUUCAAUCAAGUCUUGUUUGGUGAAAUAUUGUUCGAAUUACCGAAUUUGGAUGAUGUAGGAAGUAUUAGAUUAAUGUGUAUUUCGCAGCCGUUAAAAUGUUGUUUACAUUUCCUUGUGUUGCAAAUGUAGGUUUAAUAGAACUGCGUUGCUAGUUUACAUAAAAAGUGUCCUUUUAUCACGUUCUGUCAGUCGGUGAUUUUCCAGUGAAUGUCAAAUCGUCACGUCCUCGAUAUAGCACUUGCAACCACAAGCCUCGCGUUUCGCGUUUUUGUUGUCAAAUGGCUUCUUUGGUUAACCAUUUCUGUUUUAUUUACUGAUUUUGCGGCCGUUUGUGUAAUUUUACGCGACUUGAGGGAACGAAUUUCUGAAAAGUGGGCAGAAAAAUUAACUGGCUGUAUUAAUCUGUCUUUUAACGCUAACUCGACGAAAUAAUUGUGAUCGGCCGGCUUCAACCCAACGGUCUGCAGGUGGUUUGCACGCUACGCAGACCUAGAAAACCCGUACAUCCUUGAAACUUGAGACGGUAGUGAAAAGCAUGGAAGACGACUUGCGAUCACCAGUCUGCAUCCCUGGCGCAGUUUUUGUGCUCAUAUUUUCCCUUAUGGCCGUGGUGCUAAACUGUCUUCUGUUAGUUGUGCUGUACAAAGAUCCAACGAAAUCCCUCAGGUCGACAACAGCGCUUUACAUCUCCAGUUUGGCAGUGCUGCAUUUUCUAUUUGGAGGCGUGGCCGGUACAGCGGCAGCAGAAAGCUACAUAGCAUGCGCGUUGGGCGCAGAAGAUUCGCCUCACUUCCAAAACCAAUUUUCAAGAACCUGUUUAACAUUCCUGAUACGCGCCGAGAAUUUUCUUGUACUCGCUUUUUCCGUGGAACGUUUAGGAAAUACGGCUUUUCCAGUGUUCCAUCACAGCGGUGAAAAAGUAAAAAAUGCCUUGAUCUGCUUCGCCUGCAUUGCUUUGUACGCGCUGUGUUUUUCAAUAUUCGAAAUAGUUGCCACAAAAUGGUGGAUUCGCAGACUGGAUGUUCAUCUUAACAUCAUAAUUCCUCUCGCAGCGACGAUCACUUUGACUGCCCUGCUGCACAAGUCUAUAAGAAAACUGAAAGUACUCCGAACAGAGCGUGACAGCUCCAACUGUGCUUUACGCGGGGAGCGAAGCCACACAACAAAGCUCAAAAAACAAAUACUCUUGUCAAACGCGUUUAUUUUUGUGGCGUUGUUGUAUUUCGUAUCUGUGGUUCCCUAUCUCGUCUUUGCGUUGUGCGAGGUCUAUUGUUCGAGUUGUGAGCAGCGAGAAUGGUUCUUCGCUACAUUACGGUUUUGUGUGGCGAUGGUCUUUAUUAAUGCGGGUUUUUACCCUCUCAUCUAUUACGUUUGUGUCCCAGAGUUGCGAAAAGGAUUCAAGACAGUGUUCUGUGGUGUGCGCGGGGACCGAGCAUUGCGGCUUCCACAAGUGAACCGAAAUAACAAAACACCGGGAACAGUCGCCGUCAUAUACCUUUGAGCUGUCGGGCUGUUACUUAAACCCGCUUUCAAUAAAAAUUUAACGCAUUCUUUUAAUCAAGCAUUUUUAUCCCUUUUAAUCGUUUUCACAACCUAUCCAUGGCAAGUUCUCAUUUUUUUUUUCCGCUUGUCUUAUUCAUUUUUUUUUUUACUGUUCGCAGGUUGAGGUUACGAAAAAGAACUCUCUAAUUUUUCAAACUUUUUCUCAAGUUCAGUUCAGUUUUGACUAUGUUACCAGUUUUGAUGUUCUCCGAUCGUUGCAAACUUAUUUAGCGGUUUUUUUUUUUCGAAAGAGUUUGUGCCGCGCACGUUUAACAAACAAACACCGCUGAACAAGUGGAAUGAAGUAAAAGGACAGAAGUUGGUCUGACCUGAGCUACGAAAUAGAACGAAUCCAUAGCACGCUACGGGAAAGAAAGAGAUUGCUCAUCGUCUAGAGUUAUGAUGACGUGAAGGAAGAAGCAGCCUCCAGGGCUGGAAAUAACAGUCGGUCAUCGGACAUUGUCCGACCAAAUCUUGAAUAUGUCCGGUCAAUUUCACAUUAU